AUGAGUGGGGUCGACAAAAGAAAAAAUGGAACGGCAACAGAUGUUUUUAAAAUACAUUCUGGAGAGGUUGGUAGAAAGAACGAAAAAGAGAUUCCUCACGCAAAGAGACUGAGAAUAGAUUUUGAAGAUAUGUACAGAGACGACUUGGCCAGGCUGGUUGGGAAUGUAGAUAUAUUAAAAGACGAAGAUUCGGGUAAAAGCUACACUACCCUCAACAGAUCCUUUCUUAAUUCGUGCAUUGCAUUAGUAGACUAUGGAAGAAGUCUGGCACCACUUCUUUCUCAAUAUAAGAAGUUUGUUGCACUUAUUAAGAAAUCUGAAGACAGGAUUGAGCAGCAGUCUCCUGAAAGCAUUGAGGAGUUUAGCUUUUCGUUAAGUGACUUUGGGCCCUUUUCGGAAGGAGAAAAGCCUGAUAUGACAGAUGAUGCGUCAGAAGGCCUGCAUAAGUGCUCACAGGGAGAAAUAUACAGGUUUCUGACAAAGCAUUUUGGGGUGGAGUGCCCGAAUGAGAGAGCGAACGAUGAGUUUCUUGACUCCUUGGAGGCGUUCAGGAAGAUGGAGAAGAUGGCGGACUUUCCGUUCAGUAUGCCGUUGAAGCUUGGGAAGGGGCCUGGAAUGUCAUUUUCGAUGUCGAGAAGAGAGGAUGUGGGAAAUCAUAACAGGAAAGUUUUUGAAGCUGUAACAGCAUUAAGAAAGGACAGAAAUAUUUUGGCGUAUGUAAAGAAUCCCGAGUUCUUUGAAGACAGUUCUGAAGAAGAACGCCACUCUGGAGAUGUUCAUGUGAUCAGAGAGCUCGUAAAAUGUAAAUAUUAUGAAGAUGGAAGAUACAGCUUCUUUGGAAACCUCGUUCUUAGAGGAUUUUUAAGAAAUGGCAUAAGAUAUGUUAAUAUGAGGAUAGGAAAGAGGAUUGUUUUUAAAGACCUUGAGAAGAGCCAGGUGGCUCUGGUUUAUAACAAGGGAGAAGACGUUGUAUACAUGCUUAUGAUGGAGACCAUGAUGAUUUAUAAAAUUGUCUGCAGGCACUUCACGAUUGCAAUGAAUAUCUAUAAUCAUCUUACAGGGAUUGUGCCUAGCAAUUAA